AUGAUAUGACAUCUUCCGGCUGUUAACUUCCGUAAUAGGAAAGAUUCAGAUUUACUCGAAUUUGCAGUGUUUUGUACUAUGUUUACUCAACAGAAACAUAAUCAGAAUCAUUUUGUCACAAGAUGAGACCAUAUUGAUCCUGCAUACAAUCCAGUCUUCAACAGGGUUAGGUUGCCAUAGUAACCAGGUGAACCUGAGUGUGGAGAUUCAAUACCUAAUUGCAAAAUGGUUUGGGGGAGAAGUUUGUACGGGUUCCCCCUGGCAAUUCCCAUCAUUCUCUGCUUGACGUUCAUUGUUACGUAUGUCGUAUCAGUUCAACUCGGCCAUGUUAACCCAAGCUUUCCUUUCAUCAGUGACACAGGAAGUCGGCCACCAGAGAGCUGUAUAUUUGGCCAGAUGCUUAAUAUAGCUGCGGUGUUAGUUGCUAUAGUGAUGUAUAUACGCUACAGACAAGUACUACAAUACAGUAGUCAAGAGACCGGAAUAGUCCUCAAACUAAAUACAGUCUCAUUGUAUUUAGGAUUCAUAGCAGCAUUUGGCCUUAGUGUUGUAGGAAACUUUCAAGAAAGCAAUGCCCUCGUUGUUCAUCUGAUUGGUGCUUUGCUAGCAUUUGGUUUAGGAACCGUGUAUUGCUGUCUGCAGACUAUCAUGUCCUUCAAGAUGCAUCCUCACAUGAACUCUCGGGUCUUAAGUUAUAUACGACUGAUAUUCAGUCUUAUAGCAGUUCUAGCUUUUAUAUUCAUGUUUGCUGUUAUACCACUUGCAUUCCAAAAAGGAGAGAGUAAGGAUAAUCUAAUGCCUAGGGGUACGGCACGUAAUAUCAGCGUCACUUCAGAAUGGCUCCUAGCAGCGGCAGUUAUGUGCUUCUUUUUCACAUUCGUUGGUGAAUUCCGUAAAAUACGUCUUUCUGCGCCAGAGAUGAGUCUGAGGAUGGAAAGUUUAGCUAUAGUGGACUAUCAACAAAAUCAGGGUAACAUAACUUCACUGUCAAGGAAUCACAAUGCCAUGGAGCUUGGAGCAGAAUACAACAAAUCUGUAGACAACAACAAUGCAGAAGUCAAAGUUGUAGGGACAUAUCAAUCAUACAACCAGGGACAAUAGCAUAUUCAGUCAAAGAUAACAACCAAUUUUAUUAGAUAUGGUGACACAUUAAGACAAUAGCACUCAUCUGGUAUAUUCUCUGUGGUAUAUUCAUUCAAAGUCAAGACAAUGACACAUUCAAAGUCAAGACACUAACAUAUUUACCCUUUGCAAUUGUUCAACUUCGCUUCUUCUUCGCAGGGUAUAGCAUAUUCAAUUUUAUAGUUACAUUCAAUUCUAGAGACAAUGAAAUGUUUAAUUGGAGAUACAUGUGCUAAUCAAGUAAUUGUGUAAUCAAUUAGCAACAAU